AUGGCGGACUUGCCGAGGUGGAGCCGGCCGGCGGACCGGAGCGUCACUGACAUGGGAGAGGGAGGGAGGACAGACGAGGAGGGGCCGACCGGGGAGCUGACGGCGGCGGCGCUGGAAGAAGGCGGCCGGGAAGUGGAGGAGGUGCCCCCGCAGUGCGCCGACCCCGCCUUAGCUGCGCCCAGCCGGCCGCUUGCCGCGGCAGCUCCUCCUCCCGCGGCGGCGGACCGGCGAGCUCCAGGCGGUGGUGGACCGGCGGACCGCGGUGUUGGGGAGAGGGCGCGGCCGCUGGGACGUCAGGCAGGAGGGCCCCUCGCCGCCGUCCUCGCGCGCCGCGGCUAUGGGCCGGGCCGCCUCCGCGCACAGCUACUCCGCUCGCCGGGGACGGAGGAGGGAGGGCCGGGCCCCUGCUCGCCGGAGAGCCGCGUUCGCCGCCGGAAGCCCGCCUCGCCGCACGCAGCACUGCCGCGAGCAGCGUAG